AUGCCUGCAAGGUUGCAGAAAUGUGUGAUCACAUCAUAUGAUGUGGUAAAGGAUAAAGGUGAGCUCUUACAAUAUGCUUUUUAUGCAGAUACUGAGCUAGUCAAUAUAAUUGAGGCAUUGAAAGACUCGAAGUUGAUGCAAGUAAUGGCGGAGGAAAUGAAGUCCAUAGAAUUGAAGAAGGAAAAUAAUGCAAACUUGUUGGGAUACACUGACUCUAGUUGGUGGGGUAAUGCCGAGGAUGGAAAAUCUACAACUGGAUACAUGUUUAUAUUAGGUGGUGCACAAGUUGCUUGUAGUUCAAGAAAUGAAUCGGUUGUAGCAUUAUCAUCACGUGAGACUGAAUAUAUAGACGUCUCUCUAUGUGCACGCCAAGCAACAUGGAUGGUGAAUUUGAUCGAAGAAAUUAUAAAGAAAAAUCAUGGAGCAAUGACCAUGAAGAUCGACGACAUGUCUACUAUCAACCUCAAAGAAUCUGAUAGCAUGUGGAAUAAGUAA